GACAACACCAACCCGAAACGCUUCGACCCUCCACUGCACGCAUACGCCAUCAACGCAGAGGCAACAACACCAACCUGCAUACCUCUAUACGUAUAUACGCAUCUACACACAUACAUAGACCUGAAAAGAUGCCGUCCCAAGCGCACGGAUGGGCCGCUCUCACACCCAAGGCACGUCUGGAGCCCUUCCAGUUUGAGCGCCGCGACGUUGGCGACGAGGAUGUGAGCAUCAAGAUCGCGUACUGCGGUGUGUGCCACAGUGACGUGCACCAGGCGCGGGGUGAAUGGCCUGUCGCCAUCUUCCCGAUGGUGCCGGGUCACGAGAUCGCGGGCCACGUGGCCAUGGUGGGCCCGCUUGUCACCAAGUACAAGGUGGGCGACACCGUCGGCGUGGGCUGCAUGGUGGACUCCUGCAUGCAGUGCCGCCAGUGCGAGCGUGGCCUGGAGAAUUACUGCUGCGGCGGCGCCUCCUUCACGUACAACAGUCUGGCGCAGGACAAGAAGACGCCGCUCUACGGCGGCUACGCCGAUCACGUGGUAGUGCGGGAGCACUUCGUGCUGCGCAUCCCCGACAACCUCGACCUCUGCCGCGCUACCCCGCUGCUGUGUGCCGGUGCGACGACUUACGCAGUGCUGAAGUACUGGGGCGUGACGCAGGGCACGCGUGUCGGGGUGGCGGGUCUGGGCGGCCUGGGCCACGUCGCGGUGCAGCUGGCGCACGCGAUGGGGGCCGCGGUGACGGUGUUCACCCACUCUCCGAAUAAGGUCGCGGCGGCUAAAAAGCUGGGGGCGGACCACUGGGUGAACACGACGAACGCGGAGGAGAUGACGGCCGCGCGGGGCAAGCUGGACCUGAUGGUGGACACGCUGGGCAUCGCCCACGACCUCCACCCCCACCUGGGCGCCCUGGACAUUGACGGCAAGCUGGCGCUGGUGGGCAUCCCCGAUCACGCGCACCCGGCCGUCAAUACGAGCCUCCUCAUCGCCUGCCGCCAGUGCGUCGGUGGCUCGCUCAUCGCCGGGAUCCCCGAGACGCAGGAGAUGUUGGACUUUUGCGGCAAGCACAACAUCACCGCCACGGUGGAGAAGAUCAACAUCGACUACGUCAAUGAGGCGUACGAGCGCAUACUGAAGAGCGACGUGCACUUCCGUUUCGUGAUUGACCUUGCCUCUCUCACGACGGAGUAG